CAUUCAUGUAUAUUAAUGUGAUUUCUAAAUCUUAAUAUCGACCAGGUGUUAGGCAAUGGCUGGGGACGUAGCAAGAGCUUCGACUCAACCACGUCUUCUCUUGUGGCAACGGCGCCUCGUCGGACUAAACCCGGGUUACGUUUCGUCCAAGCAGAGAACAAGAUGCGGCUCCCAAUCAGCUGGACAGAAGUUUUCCUUCUUUCUCUGGCAACUGUGCUUUGGAUUGACUGCAUGAGGCUAAGCAAUGAUAAAGUGAUCUCAUGCAGACUUCAGAAUCAAGAGAGAAAUGACACAAUCUUUGACUUGAAGAUGGACAUCUCACAGCUAAACCUUAGACUGAAGACUAUGAGAUGGCACCGAGUUUUAUUCAAGAGCGAGGCUGAUAAAUACACCAACCUUCUUGAGAUAAAAGGAAAAUUGCUGGUUCAGAUUGCGACGUUGCAGAAAGCCAAGAGAGAUGCAGAGCAAGGCAACUUCUAGUAAAUGAUAGGUACAAGGAGCAUAAUUAUGUGCGAGCCUUCAGUUCAAGAUGGCGCCCGCAAACACACGCCGAGCCAGGCUCCACGUGGCUUCCAAACCCAGCGCUCCGGCGGGAACCAAGAGGACAAUUAUGGUUGACCCAAGAUGACCUCAGAUCGCAACCAGACGCCCCCCCCCCUCCUGGGAACUAGCUGUUCUUUCACUUGUGUUGUGCUCUUUCAAGAAUAAAAUGUUAAGCCGUA